CUUUGUUGUAAAACAUAUUCGGCUAGAAAAGAGAAUCACAUCACAAUGUCUGAAAUGAGAUAUGAGCAGUACGGUCCCGCUAUGGGAUAUCAGCAAUAUAUGGACAAAGGACAGGGAACUUAUCAAGGCCGAGGCGUUCCUCCAAUGCGAUAUGGAACCCCCACAAUGGCGAAUAGUAGUCAAAUGCGAAUGCCACGCUACCAAGGUAUGAGAGGAAAUGAAAUGGGUCGAGCGAUGCCUAAAAACGACAUGGGCAUGCCAGAUAGAAAAGGAGCAAUGAAUCAACUAGAUGACGAGGCUGCGUACAACUACAUGGCUCAAGCCAAUCGAAACAUGCCCCAGCGAAGCUCCGGGAUGUAUUCCGAUGCAAUGGACCCCAUGGGUCAUCCAUCGCAAGCUCUCAACAGCCGCCAAGGCUCGUUCCCUUCUUCAGCGCGAGCGACUCCCUCGGAAGUCGAUUACCAUCCGGACGCCUUCGAAGCCAAAAUCCCUCCGUACAAACAGAUCAUCGACAUCUUCAACUUCACGAACUCGGUAGAUAGCUACAACUACGUGCUUCCUUCCACCUACAUUUUCCCACAACCCACCAUCACGCCCGCUCAUAUCAAGUCGUUUUCGACGGACUUGCUGCUGUAUAUUUUUUACUGUCUUCCGCUCACGCGCCAUCAACUUCUCGCGGCCGCAGAGCUCUACGCGCGCGAUAUGGUGUAUCAUCGAGAGAAACAGACGUGGUUUCAGCGAGAUAAGUCGACGCCGCUCUACGCGCAAGCGAAUUGUCCGACGGUGCCUUGCAGUCGUGUGUUUCGUUGCGAGUUGUGUCAAUUUAUGCCGUGUGAAGAGGUGCUGAAGUCCUCGGAUAUUAUUCCUUUGAGCGAGAUCAAUGAGUACUUGAAACGAGCUGGAUGGACUGUUUGUGAGGAACAAACAAUGAACAAAAGAUCCAUAAAGUAA